AUGGAAACCCAACUGCUCAGGGGAUCAUCGGUGAAUCAAGUUGUCAAGUUUUACUGGAGCUUCUAUUGUAAGUUAUUUGUAUGCUGUUUUUCCUUGGACCAUGCUGGCCACACAUUGUCGAUGAGUUACAAGUAUACAGCAUUGCGCGCCGAAAGUGAAGAAAAACAUGCUUGCCCGGGAAAUUGCAUUGCCGGUUGUCGACCCAUCCUGAUCCCUGCGCGCCCCAUCCAAAUACAACUACCUACUUGUACUUGUAACUCCCGUGCAACGACCCCAAUAUUUGCCCAACCCGGAGCCCUGAGAAACACAGGGGUCACAAGAAAAAAGGUCUCGCCACGAAAAAGGAGGUGCCUUCACAUCAAGGGCUUUUCUUUCUUCUCUAACCUCCAUCCUUCCCUCUCUUUUGCUGGUCACGGCCAUGUCGAACUUCACCACAAUACUCCCGGAUUCAGGUGCCUAUUGGGCUGCUUAUCACAAGAUUUCAGAAGUGAACCUUCAUUUAAAUAUCUUGGAACGUCUUUGGGCGGCGUGGUACCAAUACAUGGAAAAUGA